GAUGUUUUCUGUCAAUAGAUUGAGACACGUAUCCCUAUGAUACUCAGUUUCACAUUGAAAAACGUUGGCAAGCCUGUGUUCCACUACCAUUGGCUGUGGGGCUCGGAUUCUAUGGUGUCAAUCAGUGCCGCCACCACAAGCGGGUUGGUUGGACCCCAGGCCAAGCUGGGCCUAAAUCUGCAGUUGACAGCUCUGAGGCGAACUGCUUUCCAUCAACUCAAAGUCCAGUUGUUUAUCAGCAAGGGGCCUACUUUUGUGCUGCUGUUGAGUGGAACCGCUGCCCAGCCCGUGUUCAAGUUUUCCUUUUGUCAGCACAAUUUUGGGCCUUGCUUCGUGCAGAACUCUGAUGUUGAUUACAACAAGACCGACCUGACGUUCAGCAACAUGGACGAGAAUCCUCUCUUGUGAGU